UUCGAGCUGUAAGCCUUGUGCCACCACCGCCAUAGCCACCCCACUACACACAGCGAAGCAUCACGUACUGACGCCUCUUGUCCGCUGUCAUCAUUGCUGCAUCUCGCAUCUCUCCUUCCUGUCACUCCUCCCUACAGUGAGCCCGGCGUGUGAGACCCCCCGGUCUGCCGUGGACACUCGUCCGACACCGCCAUGGCCCUUACACACACCGCCCUCACAGAGGCGCUCGCCGGCCCGUCGAUCGCCCAUCUCGAUUCCCGAUCUUCUCGGCGGACGUCAUCACUCGGCCUUACUCUCUCCUCGCCGCUGCACGGCCUCACACCCUGCUCGAGCCGCAACUCGAGCACGAGCGAUGUUCGCUCCUUCCACACCGCCCGACUUACCGCCGACGAAUCGCCUGCGUCCCCAGAUCGCAGGCAUCGACCCUCUCCCAUCUCCAUUCCGAUCCAUUCACCAGACGCCCCCCUCUUCUCCUCAUAUCCUCUGAGCGGAGGAGCUCGCGCAUCGCAAAGGGGGCAACAUGUGGUGACGCCCGAAACCUCGCAAUCUGCCUCGGCGUCCAAUGCUGUCUCGCCAUCUCAAUCUCGCACUGGGGUCAAACGUGCGACUUCAGACGGGGGUUUCGCCGGCACUGGUGCUGCCUUCAGCCCCAUUCGCUCACCGCAACCGGGCACAUCAGUGUCUCGGCGGAGGUCACUGUCCACGCUGGGCCUCGUAAAGCACCUCUCGAGCCCAUCUUCCCCACAAAAGCAACCCUCGAAGCACAAGCGCCGGGCGUCCUGGGGCUCUGGAGACUUUGACGUGGCACGUCGGCGCGACAUGGCAGCGGUUGCACAACUCGACAAUCUCCCUUACGGCUUCGGUCCCGAUCCCCGAAAGGCGUCGGUGUCCGAGUGUCUUGCGCCGAUCUCCAGCGCCGACCACCCCGCCGAUCUCCUCAGCCUGGCUGACCUCACCAUCUCCCACAAGCAUGUCCCAAAGCGCUCCAGCUCGCUCGGAAAGCAUCUUCUUCUGUCGCAAGACGUCCCAACGCGGACCACGUCCCUCCACUGCGACCCCCACGCAAUGGACAACAUCUCGUUGGUCUCCAUAUCCGAACCCUCACUCUCAUCGCCGUCAAUCCUGACAACAUCUCUACCAUCGACCAAGACGUCGCUGUCACGGAGUGUGCGAAAUGGCAAAGAGGGCGACGAGCUCAAGCGCGCCGAGCUAGCUCAGGUUUCCCAAGCCCUUCUUGACCGCCGUCGGAUGAUCCUUCUCGAGAUUGUUGAGACCGAGGUCACAUACGUUCACCAGCUGCGUGCUCUCGUAUAUGUUUACCUGCCUCAGCUGGCCGUUCUUCCCUUCGUCUCGGACAGGAUCCACCAGCACAUCGCGCGUAACUCGGUCGAUCUCCUCGAGUUCCACGUCCAGUUUGCGGCGCACAUGGUUGACAUUCUCAAGUAUUCUGGCCUGGGCUACGACGUUUGCGACUCGAAGACUCUCGACACUGUGACUAAGGAACUCGCCAACCUUUUCGUGAGAGAGGUUCCCAGCUUCAGGCUCUACAGCGGUUACUGUGCUGGCUCAAUGGUCGCUUCGAGCGUGGUGAGCGACAUCACCCACCGCGUCGAUUAUGAGAACUUUGAGAAGCGCUGCCAGCACAUUACAUCCGAGACGACCCAGGCUUCGCUGCAGGACAUGCUUUACAACAAGCCGGGAAGUCCGAGCCGCACACGCUUGCGCUUCAAGGACAUUCUCAUUGCGCCCAUUCAGCGCGUUUGUCGGUAUCCGUUGCUGCUUGCAUCUCUCUUGGCCGACAUCAACCGUGAGGCACCGCCCAAUGACGUCGUGGAAUCUGUCGAGGCGGCACAGGCCGUCAUGCGUGCCGUGGCCGAGAACGCCGACGACGCUCGUCUGCGCAAAGAGGCAGAACUCAAGACGGCACGUGUGGCUGAAUGCCUCGAGCCUCACAAUGCCCUGAGCAAGGAAUUCCUUAACCGACUUGGCACUUGCCGAUUGAUCGGUGCGCUCGACGUCCUCUACCAUCAUCCUAUUCAUGCGCCACUCGAUCGCCCGACCAAGGUUCGCUACUUUGCUGCUCUGCUUUACCGUGGUUAUCUGAUCCUCGCAAAAGUUAGGCGGAACAAGACGCUCGAGGCUCGCCACUUUUUGCCACUUGAGGUAGUUGAACUAAUUGACAUCACCGAGGGCUCCUUGCCUUUUAGUCUCCGUCUCACCAUUAAUGACCACAAGUUUGACCUCGCUGCAUCUUGCGAUGCCGAGAAGGAGCUGUGGGCCGCUGAACUCAAGGCCGCUCGCGACGAAAGCACCAUGCCUCCGUUUGAGCUGCCUUCCAGCGUGCCGCUGUUCCAAACUCGGUCGCGCCACUCGUCGACGACCUCGAGAGAUGCGUCAUCGCGAACGCCCAGCAAGCAGUCGUCGAUGCUCCCUUCCGAGACCUUCAGCCUCAACAAGCGCCACACGCUUGUGGCAACGGCUGAUUUCCAGCUUCCCACGAAGCAACUCGGCACGCCGCCUGCCCUGGAACCCAUGCCACUCGAAGACUCGCCGGAUCUCGAAUACACGCCAGAGUACCGCCAGUUCCAACCCUCAAACGUCCUUAUUCGCCGCCCAUCCCUGACCACCCGCCUCAUGGUCGACCGUGCGCUCGGAGACGUCAUCUCUGAGGGUCUCGCCACGGCGCGAAGCAAGGCUCAGUUCCAGUAUCCAUCUGGUCCCGACCCGCGCCGCAUGUCACGCUUCGAAACGCCCAAGCUGCGCCGCCGGAGAAGUUUGGCUGGUCUUUCCGAGAUGAGACCCCUUGACGUCGUCUCGACGCAGGAGGUGCGCGGCGCUGUCAUCCCUGGCUCUCGCCCGCGCUCGCUCAUGCGCACGCGCUCGUUCAUCCUGCCGACUCCGGACAAGGAGCUGGCCGACAUCUCGCGCAACACGUCCAUGUCAUCCCUCAGCGAUGCGCACCGUCGGCGCUCCCCCAUGUCCUCACUCCGUGGUCUGGAGAUGACGAUGGGGCCUGCCGCCAGAGCCGGCCACCAGCGCGCCCAAUCGGCCUCAACGCUCUCGCAGCCGCUCGUCCAGUCGCCCCUCGAAAUGAUGGAGGAUGAGAUGCUCGAGGAGGAGAAGCCGCGCAAGUCGCUGAACCGCGCGCGCUCGAUGCCGUCGUCGCCUAUCACGCCGACUGUUGAGGCCUUCCCAGACAUGAUGAGCCAGAGCACCGGCGCCAUGCGUGGCGACAAGGACUCCUAUGUGCUGGUCAAGAACGAGGUUCCUCGUCGCCAGACGACCAGCAACUUGCCGCGGAGUACGACCCCGAUGGCCAUCUCGCCCGCACGCGCCGUCAAGCGUUCGCUGUCCUUCUUUGGCCGCAAGAGUCUUAGCGCGCUCACCACCGACUCGUCGGAUGAGCAUGGCUCGGCCGUCUCUGCCGCGCCCUCGCCCAGCACCACUCCGCCGACCCCAGACGCGACGCCCGCCACCCCCAAGCGCCGUCGCAGCAUCAGGCUUCUCGGCACCUUCCGCGGAUUCACGCCCAUCUAAUGUCUGUCUGACAUCCUUCUUGCUACAUCUACACCUGCACCUUGCACCACGCCCAUGCGCACGCCUGCGCACGUCCACACCCAGCAUUAUCUGU